AUGACGCUCGACUGGGAGUCGAGGCGAGGUACCAUCAGCAAGUUGUACAAGGAACAUACGCUGGAGAUUGUCAUGGAGAUGAUGAGGAACAAGCACGGGUUCCAUGCGAGCCGGCGUGCGUACAACGAGCACCUCGCGAAAUGGGGUGUCACCAAGUACAACAAGAACCGAAGCCGAGAGAAGCAGCCGCCACUGGUGGUGCAGAAGCAUCUACCAUUGUCGACGCGGGAAGAAGCCGAGUCGUCUUUUCAGCCGAUGGAACAGCAGCUUGACACGCGGUCGUCCUUGAGAAGGAUGGCCUUUGACCGUCAGCCGGGCCACGUCCGUCGCUUCCACGACCAGCAGCAGCAGCAGCAGCAGCAAUUCGGUUACCCAAACCAAGAGUUGCCGCACAACUCGGGCCUCUACCACCACCAGCAGCACCUCUGUGUGAACGGUACAAUGGCGAACCUCAACGCGGGCUCCUGGGGGGAGGAUAUCAUCGAUAGCGGCUGGACCGCGCCCGUACCACAUCGCUAUGAUGAUCGCCAAGGCUACCCGCCGCAGUACGGCGGCACCCUCCCUGCUCCCCUACCCGACGAUGGAGAAGGCCCCGCUGAUGGGAAGGCCGUCUGCCAAGUAUACGGACGAUACCGGUAA